AGACACUUUACCAUAUCAUCUAUGGCCGCAGACGCCUUGAGAACAUGCAGCGCUUUGAGGAAGAGUCCUUUCAACUGCCCCCCAACCAUUAAGACCACGCAAUAAAAAAGAAAGUAAUGGAACAAUGUGGGCAUCAAACCUCGGCUCGCUCAGGAACCGGGGUAGACGCGCGGCCGAGCGACCCAGCUCCUUCGGACGGGGACGGGGACGGCCACGAUGACCACUAUGCAUUGAUGAACAUGGGACAUCGCUUGCAUAUCAGUGCUACAGGGACCGCAGGAGGCAGCGGCCUUGCAGACAACGGCGCUGCAGCCCUUGGCAUGCUAGGCAACGGCAGCGGUAGCGCUGCUGCUGCUACUGCUACUGCUAGCGACUCGCACCGUCCCCACCAGCACUCCAGCGCUCCGCAGCCUCAACAAGCGCAGCCACAGCCUCGGCAUCAGCCGCACCAGCAGCCGCAGUCUGGGGGCAGCAGUGUGAAUGUGAGCGCAGGACGACGAGGCAGCGGAAGUCCUGCGUUGCUGGCGGAGGGCGGCUGCUAUACGUUACCGCUUCUGGCGCUGGAAGGUGUGGUGCUGCUGCCGGGCUGCCGGGUGCCGCUGCUGCUGCAUGCGCCCUCGGACCUGCUCAAGUUGCAGCGGGUGCUGCGAGCAGGCCAGCAGCAGCAGCAGGCUGGGCCGGAGGGGUCGCCUGCAGCCCGACUGUUGGCGGUGACCCACAUCCACUCGCAAACCCGAGCGACCUGUCUGGUGGCAUGCAGCGCAGAGGUGUGCACCGUUGUAGGGCAUCGCCCACAGCAGCAGCACCCCCAGCAGCACCCACAGCACCCACAACAGCAACAACCGCAGCAAGGUCAGCAGCCCUGGCGGCGGCAGGCUCAAGAGUCUCAACCACAGCAGCAGCAGCAGCCGCAGCACCACCCUCAACAGCUGCUGCAACCAGCAGCACAGCCACCUGGAGGGCGGGCCACGGAGGCCAUGCGAGGUGGAGCCCCCGUGCAGCGAGCAGACACGGCGCGAGGACUCCAGCAGCUGCAGCAGGGACAGGAGCAGGGGCAGGGGCAAAUAGGGUGGCUGCAUCCCACCAGAGUAGAGGCGGGGGUUGACCCGCAGCUCCCUGGGGACUACACCGGCAGCACUGUACGGCAUAGCACCGCAGGCAACCCAGGCAACCCGGGGGGGCAUGCUUCUGGCGAGGGUGAAGAGCAAAGCGGUAAUGGAGGCUCGGGCAGUCCAGCUAGCAGCACGGCAGUAGCGGCACCAGCAGCACCAGCAGCAGGGCUGUCACCCGGGGACGGUAGUGCUGGCGAGGGCGGCGGCGAGGGCGAGGGUGGUGAGGUAGCAUUCGCCGCUGGUGUGGUGGCGGUGGUGGUGCUGGGCGUGCAGCGGCUGCUGCUGGAUCCUGCCAGCCUGGGGGACAGCUUCCGAGUGCGGUGCAGGGUGAUGGAGGAGGG